AUGAAUUCGAUUUCACAUAUUGUAUCUGUCACUUUCUUGACUAUUGUUGAAAAAUAUAGGUUAUGUGAUUUUUAACAAUAACAAUGCUCCGUAGAAAUCUAAUUAAAAAGUGACUUACAUAAAUUUAAUAAUUAUGUUAUAGUAAAAUCCUUAUAGGUCUACUUCUGAUUUAAGAUAUACAGUUGGAGACGAUUGUGGAAUGUUAUUACGAAAAUGAUGAUUCAAUAUUAGAAAUUAAUGAAACAAGACCAUAAAAAUAUACUUUUACUCUAGAAACAAACUCUACAAAUCUGAAUGCCAAGGGUUUUGGAUUUUGGUCAAAAUAUAUUCAUAAUAGAGGAUUAACCCCGCAGUACUAAGGACCCAUGCCUUUUUAUGAUCCAUAUUGCUAGAGCUAAGAUUACUAAUUCUAAGGUAUUCUGUUAAUGACACUAUUGGAUUCAUAAUCAAAUUUAUUUGCUGCACUCAUUCUUAACAUGAAGGAUGAUCCUAUAAGUUUGACACAUGAUUUCUAUUUAUUUCCAAUAGGUCCAAAUUAAUUGUAAUUUGUUUAAAUGUCUUUCGAUGCAAGCCAAUAUGAAAAUGUUUGGAUUUAUACAUCUUUUGUGUAUUCAAUGGAUGAUUAAACAAUACGAUUGUUUACAAAUAUUGGAUCUUAACUAUAAACUUUGAUUUAUUAGAUUAUUUCAGAUAAGAUAACCAUCGAACUUGGAGGAUCAUUAGAUUUGAGUUAAAAUGAUGUUUAUGGAAUGAAACUAUAUGAUUUCAAAGGAUAUAUUUCACCUAUCUAAGAAUAUGACUAGUUUUAAAUUAUGGAUGAUUUUUUUGACAAUUUGUUUUCAAAAUGUUUCUUUUAAGAAUAGCAAACUAAAGCUGAAAUUUCUGAAUUUAAAUAUUUCGAGCCUUAGAUAUUUGAAGGUACGGCUAUAUAUUUUAAUUAUCAUGAAACGAUUAUAAAUAAUCGUUACAUAUUAAAAUGUUGGAUUAAAUAAGAUUACUAAGAAGUAUUUAUUAAAAAUAGUUUAGGCUUAUGAUUUUUAUAAAACUUAAUAUGGAGAAGAACAUAUGCAACUUAUGCAAGCAAUAUUUCGUAUUGACUCUCCAUUUGGUAUAAAUAAACACUUUGUUGGUGAUGCAGUCGCAAGAUUCUUUUAUACAGUAUUUUAAUUUAAACUAUGAGUAGGUUAAUUUUUAGAACAAUAAUUAGACCAAUAUUCAUUUUUAAACAGAAUUUUAUAAAAUACCAAUUCUAACUCCAAAAUAUUAAGAUGACAGUUUGAGAGAUUUUGAUACUUUAACAAUCAAUGGAUAUAAUCUAUAUGAUUUAACUUAAAAAUGGCAUUAUUUUAUUUUAGAAUAUGGUCGAACACCAUCAUAGAAUGGUGGUAAACUUUAAUUAAGAUUUUAUUUUUAAGAUGAGGAGCCUUAAAUAUACAAUUUAGGAACUUAUGAUUAUAACUCUUAAUUUACAGGUUAUUUCAUAACUUUAAACCUUUAAUUUUAUGAAGAACCCUUUAGAAUAAGUCGGACAAAAUUAGAAAAGAUUAUAUUUAUUACUGGUUUUUAAGGAGAUAAUGAAGACAAAUAAGGUAAUUUAUUAGUAACUUUAGAUUGCUAUAAAAGUUGUAAAAAUUGUAAUGGUCCUUUGAAUUAUCAUUUUACAUCCUGUUAUGAAGAAUAUAACUACUUUUUAACCUAAUUUAAUCAAUGUGAAUGCAAAUAUCUUCAUACAUAUAAUGAGAAUACAAAUCAAUGUGAUAAAAUUGAUGAUUAACAUGGUUUAACAAUUUAAUAAGAAUCAGUUUCUAAGUUUUGCUAAUUUGGAUAUUUCUAAGUGUUAUAUGAAUAUGAAUAUUUUUGUAUAUAAUGGUAUGAAAAUCAUUUUUAUUAUUAGCCCUUAAUCUGACAUAGUGAAUUUUUUUUGUGGAGAUUGUUAUUUUCAAUUUUCAACUUGGUACCUUAAACCAGUUUGCACAUUUGAUUUAAUUUAAGAAAAGAACUCGUAUGCAUAUUUGAAGCAUUUUAGAUUAAAUAGUCAGAUAGAUGUUUAUUAUUUAAAUUCUGAAUUAGAAUUGCAAAUUCUUGAAGGAGCAUCAGAUUUUUGUGAAGAUACAUUACAUGGAUGUUAGCUCAGUAAUAACUAUCAUUUAAAUUAAUAAAUAAAAAUUAGAUGUAAAAACAAUCAUUUUUUUAAUUUCAAUUCUGUUUGCAAAUUAUGUGAUCCAUAUUGUAUAAAUUGCCAAUCUGAGCAUGUUUGCUUAGAAUGUAUUGAAUCUCAUUACUUUAACAUAAGAACCAGACGUUGUGAACUAUGUUCACCAUAGUGUUUGACCUGUAAAACAGAUCUAAAUUCUGAGUUGGGUGAAAAAUGUUUAUCUUGUGUUUAGUAAUUAUAUUAGUAUAAUUAAAUAGAUCCUAUACAUCUACUCAUUAAGGUUAAUGUUAAAAGUGUGGAAUUAAUUGUUAAUAUUGUAAAUAAGAUUACAAUUAAUAAAAUUAAUAGUAUUUCUUAAGAUGUUUAAAAUGCUUUGAUGAUAAAAUUAUGGCAAUAAGGUUUAACGGUAUAGAUUGUUUAAUUAUUGAAAAAUCUCAUUGCCAAUAUGUCAUGAUUAUUUCUAAGUCUUAGAGUAUUAAAUACAAUAGCUACUCUUAUAAUUUUUAACCAUCAAAUGAUUUAUCUGAUGAACUGGCUGUUUGUGCAUUAUGUGAUCCAAAUUAUGAAUACAUUGUUAGCACUAAAAAAUGUUAAAAGUUAGUGGAAGAAGUAACUUGUCUAAUUGGAAUUUUUCACGAGUUUCCAGGUGAUUUAAUUAAUACUGGAUCUUAAAGAACAUGCUUAGUUAGUAAAUAUACUUAUGGUGCAUUGAGUUUUACAGGAGAAAAGAAUUGUUAAAAUUAUGUCUCUAAUUGCAAUUUUUGCUUUAUUGAAAAUACCUAUAGUCCAAAUUAUUGUCUUGAAUGCUUUGAUGGAUACUAUAUUAAUCGCUUAGGAGGAUAAUGUUUACGAUGUCCAGAAUUAUUAAAUUGUGAGACUUGUUUUCAAUAAAGUGUUGGAUAUUAUGAUUAAUGGAAAUCAAAAACAGCCAUAUUAAACCAAUUUUUAAAAAUGCGAGAUGACAAAAGAUUCUUUGUAAAUAUUUUUAACUAUUUAUAAGUUUGCUUCUCAUGAUUUUAGUCAGAACCCUGAUGACUAUGAAACAAUUUGCAUUUCUUGUAUUGAAGGCUAUAAGCUAAAAAAUGGAUAAUGUAUUAAAUAUUGUGAUUCAACAUGCUAGAGUUGUAUAUUUAAAAAUGAUUAAUACUUUUGUCAAUCUUGUGGUAAGAAUAAGUAUCAUAAUUAAUUGAGUGUUAUUUAAUAUUAAUGCUCUGAUUGUCCCAGUUAUUGUGAAUUAUGUAGAGAAAGAACAGAUGAAGAAAUAUUUAAUUUAAAUUCUCUUUUCAUUAAGACUAAUUAAAAUUAAAAAUUUACUCAUUAAUGCUUAAUACCUUUUUUAAAUAAUGAAAAUAUCUAUUAUGACUAAAAUUUUGGUUAGUUUAUUUCUUGUGAAGAUUUCUUGUAAUGUGAGAAUGUUUUAAAUAUAGAAUUAAAUUUGUUUUGCACUUAUGAAGAUUAUCAAACAUAAUUAUCAUAAAUUAUUGAUUAGAAUCUUCAAAAAGAAUUUCAAAUGAAUAAUAUAGUAUUUCAUUCUCUAAUUUAAUAAAAUAUUGAAUCAAAUAGCUUCAGUUUUGUAAUUCAUUUUAUAGUAAUUUUUAUAGCAUGAAACUAAUGACAUUUUUGAGACUUUGAACAAAUUAAAUGUUAGAAGAAUCAAAAUUAUUCUAAAAUCAUAGCAAUAAUAAACUUGUUCAAUUGAUCAAUUUGGAUAUAUUUCCUAAAAGUUUUCCAAAUAUGUAUUUAGUGCUAUGUAAUAAUAUUUCUUAUUCUUAAGCGACAUACAAUUGAAUUUGAUAUCAGAGAUUGAGGAGCCUUUAAUUCUUGAGAUUGUAGAUGAUUUAAGUUUUGUUGAUUUUUCGUUUGUUCGAAUGGAGAAUAUAAAGAUAUCAAUUAAAUAAAACACUAAUUCUAAAAUUAUAAAUAUUUAUGGAUUUUAAAGCAUUACAUUAUAAUUGGAGAAAGUCAUUAUAACUUCAUAUCUAUAAAUUAAGAGUACUCUUUUUAAUUUUUAAUGUAAUUAAUUAAAUUCAUUACUAUUUAAUCAAGUUCAUCUUGAAAAUAUAUAGAUUGAUAAUGAAAAUCUAAGAAGCAUAUUCUCCUUCGAAUAUGUAAAAUACUAGAAUUAGAUUAGCAUAGAAAAUUUUUAAAUUUCUAAUAGCAAUAUAACUUUUACAAAUAUCUUUUAAAUUAUCUCUUCUGGAGUGUAUUAAAUCUUUUUGAAUAAUGUAAGGAUUAAUUCAGAAUUUGUCAAUUGUUCUUUAUUGGUUACUUCAUCAGAAAUUUAUGUAUUCACUAUUUCUAACAUGUUUAUUACUGGUGUAAUGAAAUAAACAUACCCUUUUAUCUCUUUUUAAAAUGUUGUAAUUGCAGAAAUUGAUAAUUUUAGUAUAAUGUUCAUGAAUUUAAUAGAUUCAACAUUAUUAUAAUUAGAGAAACAAUUUAGAAUUACUUCAUUUGUUAUUUCGACUUGUUAAACUUAAGGGUAUGUGAAAUUUAUACAAAAUGAUAUCCCUAAAUAAUCAAUUUCUACUCACCUCUAAUAUUCGAUGAUGUAUUUAAUGAUAGAAGAUUUGAACUCAAGCUAUUAGACUUAAAUAUUGGAUUUACAAUCAUUUAGUUCUACAACUUCUGGCUUAGAAAUCUAUAAUAUAAUGUUGUAAAAUAAUAAUCUAAAUGAAUUUCAACAAGAACCUUAUUACUUAUUUAAUAUAUAAUUGCAAAAUGUUAAAAUUAUAGAUUGUGAUAUCAUUAGAGGAAAUGGAUUAAGCGAAUUUUAGUUUUCUAAUGUAUUGUUCUUAAGUUUUAUUAAUUUGAAAAUUACUUAAUCUAAAAUCACUGUUUUGCAUUAAUAUUUUGAAUGCUCGAGUAUGUAACAAUUCAAAAAUUAACAUCCAAACUUGAUAAAAGUUAUGGAUGUUAUAAAUGUCAUUUUUGAUACUCUUAUAAUUGAAAGAAUAAACAUCUUAAAUUCAGGUUUACUAUUAUUUUAAAAAUAAUCUUCAACUUUAUAAUCUUCUGAAGAUUCAAUUGUUUUUUAGAACUUACUUUUGAAAGAUAACAUAAUAAUUACUUCAGUUAAUGAUGCUUAUGCUUCACUAAUUUCAAUAAUGAGUAAACAAAAGAUAGUUGUCAAUAUAAUUUAGGCAACGAUGUCAGGUAAUUAAUUGCAUAAUUAUGAAUAAAAUUUAUAAAUGCCAUCUGCUGUAAGUCUACUAAUCGAUUGUCCAUCAGGAUCCAUAAAUUUGCAAAAUAAUUACUUUUAUAAUAAUUUUGCUACAAAUACCCCAGAUAGCAUAAUAAAUAUAGUUGCUAAAUAAAUUAAAUUUGAUGGAAUUUAAUUUAUUAAUAACUCCAUAUAUAAUAUCUAUUCACUUUAAAAUAAUAUUGUUUAUGGAUUUUCUAAUGAUUAAGUUAUCUUCUAUAGCAAUUUGUAAUCAAUAUUUUAACUUCAAAAUUAUGUAGGAAAUGCUUAUUUUUCAGCUGAUUCAGUAAUUGGUUCAAACACUUUAAUAAAAAAUUCUUAAGGUAAAAAUGGAGUUGGAUUAUACAUAAAGGCUAAAAUCACGAAAUUAAAUGAUAUUCAAUUCUUAAAUUUGAAAACUUUCUUUUAUUUUAAUGAGGAAAAUGGUGCAUGUAUAUUUUUAGAAAUACCAUCUAGUGACAGUUAAGUUUUGAUUUAAAACAUUAUAGCAUAUAACAUAACAUCCAAAGAUUAUGGAGGUUUAAUCUAUAUUAAGUCCGAUUAUGAUAAUUUGAAUUUGACCCUUUCAAACUUGACUAUAUCUUAAUGUAUUUCAUUUAAAGGCACUGUUCUUCAUGCAUCAUUUUUAAAUAAUACCUUGUCUAAUCGUAUAACAAUUAAACAACUUUAUAUUACAAAUCAAUAAAAUGCAUUUUAAAAUUAUAUCAGAUAAAUAGUUGAAAAUUAAAUAAUUUUGAAUAAAUUGAAUGAAAGAGUUACAGUAUACUUAGAAAAUGCCAUAGUAUAUCUUACUGAUAUAAUUAUUAAGAAUUUAUUUGGAGAAUCAAUACUCUUGAGUUUAUACUAGUAGAAUGCCAUUUUAAAUUCAAUCAAAGUUCUUAAUGGCACUAUUCUAAGAUAGAAAUUAAUUUAAAUGUAACCAAAAACGAGUAUUAAUUUAUUAUUAUUUUUUAGAUUAAAAUACUUUUAUUUUAAUUCAAACCUUAUCUAUUAUAAAUAUCUAAGAAUUCACAAAACCUUAAACAUAAUGUAAUGUUUCUUAUGUUGAAAAAAAAAAGAAUUAUAAAAAUAUGUAAUGCUAAGUUAUAAACUAAAAACCAUUAAAUAACUUAAUUGUUGAUAUUCAAUAAGAUUGUAGUAAGGAAAUAGAAUGUUUACACUUUUUAUUUAUUUCUUCAGCUUAAAUCGAUUAGUAAGCCAUAAUCAUGAUCAAUUUGAAUACAGAAUCCCAUAUCAUAGAACUAUCAGAAAUAAGCUUGAUCAAUAAUAAUUUUUCUAAUUCAUUGAAUGGACUCAUCUUUAUUUAAUGGAGUGAAAUUAAGUAGGAAGAUUUAUAAAUUAGUGUAAAGAAAUUAAGUAUCAAGAAUAACCAUUGCGGCAAGGUUGGAUGUCUGUAUAUUAAUUCAAUUGUUUUUGAUGAAAACAAAAUAAUUUCCACAAAAUAUAAUAGGUUAUUAGCACAAGACUAUGAAAAAAUUGUAUAAGAAAUUAGACAUGACAUAAAUAUUGUAAAUUAUGUAUGCAUUGGAAAUUUAGCAGAUUAUGGAACAUGUUUAUUUUCCAAUCAUACAAAUAUUUAAAUAAGAAAUUCCUUAUUUUAUAAUAAUACAGCAAAUAAAAUCGGAGGCACAAUUUAUUUUAUUGGAAAAUAAUCUAAAUUAUUUUAAAUUGAUUGUUAAAUCUCAUUUAAUUAUGCUUAAGUAGCUGGGGCUAUAUAUUUUGAUAAUAGUUAAGCUUAAGAUAUGAAUUAAUCCAAAACAAUCUUAACGGACAAUAGAGCUACAUAAUAUGGUAAUGAUAAUGUCCAAGCACCAUUGCAUUUAUCAAUAACUUUAAAUGACAACAACAAAUUUUUUUAAACCUUUAAAGUAGACGAAAGCAUAAACUACUUAAAAGAGUAAGUAAAUUCUCUCAAUAAGAAUCAUAUAAUAUUCUUACCAAGUGGUACUCCUAUAGGUUUGUAUAAAAAAUACAACUCAGAAAUGUAAAUAUUAGAACAAGCGGAAUUAAAAUUUAGAAUUUUAGCUUUAGACAAUUAAUUCACAUAAAUCAAGAAUUUAAAAAAUACUUAAUGUAAUAUUGGAACUAAAGUCUAUAAUUUGACAUCAAAAACUUAUUUAGAAGUUUCAAAAAGUAGUUAUAUUUCUAAAAAUUCAGUGAUAUUUAAUGAAAAAACAAAUGAUUACAAUUUAGAUGAUAUGAUAAUUUAUUUUGAUAAUAAUAAUACUGGUAAAUCUUAUUUAUAGUUAAUUAUUACUUGCAACAGUAUUAAAAUUCCUUAAUAUGAUGAAACUAAGUAGAUAAUAUAAUAAUUUCAUAACAAUUAUCAAUUAAUCAUUAAUAUCAAUACAUUUAAAUGUAGGGUAGGAGAAAUAAAAUCACUCUCGAAUUAAUCUUGUUAUGAAUGUGACUUUAAUUUAGAUUAAUAUUCUAUCACUCUUAAUUCCAAUAAAUGCAAUAUAAGGGAUGAGUAAACCACAAUAAGUGUUACCUCAUUUUAAUUGAACUUAAAAUAAGUAAACAAAUUAUUAAUCAAUAGGGAUUUUGGAGACCUUAUUUUGAUAAUAAUUAUAUUGAAAAUUGUUACAAUUUUAAUGAGAAUUGUGUAGGGGGAUGGAAAUAUGGAAUGGAUUCUUGCUUUUUAGGCCAUUAUGGAGCUCUUUGUGAAUUAUGUGAUAUUGAAAAUAUAAGAGGAGAUGGAUCAUUUUCAACAGCAUAAGAAUAUUCUUGUGGUUCAUGUGAUGACAUUAGAUUCAAUAUAGUAUAAAUCAUAGCAUUCAGUAUUUGGUAAUUAUAAAUUGUAUAAUAUUACUAAAGGACUUUAUUUACUAUCGUUUUAAGUGUAAAAGGAGCUAUAACUACUGAAAAUUCCUUUUUGGAAUCUCCAUUUUUAAUAAAAAUCCUUACAAAUUAUUUGUAAAUAAUAAGUUCAUUAACUUCAUUUAAAUUGAAUUUGCCAGUUAAUUUUUUCUAUUUCUUAAAUGGAGUUGGAAAUCCAAUUUAAAGAGUUUCGUAUUCUAUGGAUUGUUAAUUAAGUAAAUUUAUGUACUAUAUAGUUUAAAUGACAUCUCUAGAUAUCCACUAUGGUAGAUUAAUUUGGUAGCUAUUGCUUCCUUGUAUCUAUUUUUUAAUGCUAGCUAUCAUUUAUGCCAUCUUUAUAUUUAUGAAGUAUAUCAAAUACAAAUCACCUAUUAUCAUGACUGCUGUAAUCUACAUGUAUAUUUAUUUUUAACCAACUCUGAUUGGCUCGUUUAUUGCUAUGGUUUCCACUAGAACCAUAGCAAAUGUUCCCUGGAUUUAAGCUUAUGUUGCAUAUAGAUUUGACACAGUUAUUCAUAAUAGAUGGGUUCUUAUAUUAUGUGUACCAAUGUUAUCUAUAUUUGGAGUCAUAAUACCUUUUGGUUUGCUUCUAUGUCUGGUCUAUAAUAAAGACAAACUUUAGUAUAAAAGAGGUAAGAGUGUAUUUGGAUAUCUUUAUUAUGAAUAUAAGCCAUAAACAUACUUUUGGGAGAUUAUAAAGAUUGUUACAAAAGAAUUGGUUAUUAUCUUCUUAAUAUUUUAUGAAGAUUCUAUUAUUUUAAAAGGUUCAUUAAUAUUUUUUUUACUCUUAUGCUAUUGGUCUUUGAAUCUUAAAUUUAUACCUUUUAGAACCUCUAGAUUAAAUUUAUUGGAUUAUCAAUCUUCAAUUGUUUGUGGGGUUUCAAUGAUUUUAGGAAUUUGCUUAAAUAUGGAUUAACAGCAAUAAUUUUAAAAUAUAUCAAUUGUUUUAUUCAUCUCUCUUAUUAUUAUCAAUAUCUUAAUGCUUAUUAAAAUGUUAUUAUACAUAUUGAAUGCAUACUCUAGAGAAAUGGUAAACAGUUUAGAUUAAAUUAAAUUAACAAUUUUGUCGAUUCUCCCAAAAAGAUUUAAAUCAAAUAAUAGUAUAUGCAAAAAAAUUUUGAAGACUUAAGCUGAAACCAAUUAAAGAGUGAAAGCUAACAUUUUGAAAUUAAAAGCAGCCCUUAAAAAACAUUAAAUCUUAUCCUAGAAACCAAAAGUUUAGAUAAUUAAUCCUAUCUUCCAAAAAGAAAAUUUAUUAAUUUUACUAGACUCUAAAAAUAAGAGUAAACAAAACAAAAAAAUUUGA